AUGGUUCGAAGGCAUAAGGUUGAGGUGGCAGCUAUUCUUGAACCUCAAGAGGUCUUUGGUUACUAUGGAAUAAUGAUAGGUGUCAGAUCUUCAAGCUUUUCUUUAUACUCUAGAGAAGAAAUUCAGAAGAGACUUUGGGAUGAUUUACUUCAGUUAUCAGAAGAUAUCUCGGUUCCUUGGUUAAUUGCAGGUGAUUUUAAUGAAAUUGUCUUUCCAAGUGAGAAACAUGGUGGUGCUCCAGUUGAUACUAGCAGAUGUAAUAAAUUUUCUUCUUUUCUAACUGAUAUAAAGAUGAUUGAUCUUGAAGGAAUAGGUUCUAAAUUUACAUGGCGAGGACCAAGAUUUCUUCAUUUAGAUAGAGUCUUUAAACGUUUAGGUCAAGCUUGUAGCAAUGCUGAAUGGAGGUUGAUGUUUCAUGAAGGCCAGUGGAAUAAAGAUGUGUUUGGUAAUAUCCAUCAUAAGAAGAACAGGUUGAUUGGUAGGCUUGAAGGUAUCCAGACGGCAAUUUCUGAGCAGAAUAAAAGCCAUUUGGAAAAGAUUGAAGGCAAGAUAAAGGGUGAACUUGAACAAGUUUUAGAACAGGAGGAGCUUUUGUGGUUUGAAAAACGUAGAAGGAGCAAGAUCUUGGAGUUGAAAGAUGAUGUUGGAAACUUGAUUAGAGAAGAUCACAACAUUGCACGGGUAAUAAAUGCUUACUUCUCUAAACUAUUUUCUGAAGAAAACCAUGAUCGUCCUUGGGUCCAGACUCUUUGGCCAAAGGUGGACGAUGAGACUGCUGUUAACUUAGGUGCUCCAAUUUCAAAAGAUGAAGUCAGACGAGCUUUCUUUUCUAUGAAAGAUUCGAAAGCUCCAGGGGAGGAUGGCUAUACCGCGGCAUUCUACAAAAAGAACUGGGAAUUUAUUGGUGAACAGAUUUGGAGAGAUAUCAAGUAUUAUGCAGAAAACCCUUCCAGCAUUGAGGAAGUCAACGGUACUCUGAUCACUUUGAUCCCCAAAGUUCCUAAGCCAAUGUAUGUUUCUCAAUUCAGGCCUAUUUCUUUGUGUAAUGUCAUUUAUAAGGGUAUGAGCAAGAUCAUUGUGGAUAUGCUUAAGCUUACAAUGGAGAAUUUAGUUUCUCCUUACCAAGAUAGCUUCGUGCCAAAUCGUCAGCUUCAGAAUAAUAUCAUAGUAGCAAAAGAGCCGGUUCAUUCUAUGGGGAGAUUUCCUGAUUGGAUGAUUGGUGUUAUAAUGGCUUCUAUAACUUCUAAUCGUUCGAGGGUCUUGAUAAAUGGUGUGGCUUCGGAUUGCAUAGUUCCUCAGAGAGGAUUUCGUCAAGGGGAUCCAAUCUCUCCUUAUAUUUUUGUCUUAUAUUUAGGCUCUAUUGUUAAACAAGGGAGAUAUAUUAAAGCAGACUAUGGAGCUAUCAAGGAUAGGAUACGUUCAAAACUGGAUGGUUGGAAAAGUCAUUGCCUUUCUUUUGCUGGUCGACUUACUUUGGUGAAAUCGGUCAUUGCUGCAAUCCCUUCUCUCCAUAUGCAGAAUGGUCUUUUACCAGUAAUGUUUUGUGAUGAAAUUGAGCAGAUACAAAGGGCUUUCAUUUGGGGAGAUCAGGAUAGCAGAAGGCGGGCUCAUUUAGUAGCUUGGGAUCAAAUGUAUAAACCCAAAGAUAGAGGUGGUUUGGGAAUAAUUAAUCUUCGACUCCAAAAUGAAGCUUAUAUUCAUAAACUGGCGUGGAAGGUGUUAACUAAAAAAGAUGAUUUAUGGGUUAAGAUUUUAGUAGCCAAGUAUGGUAGAGGUCAAGACUUAAGGAGAGGUAUAAAGGCAAAAUCAUAUGACUCUAAACUUUGGCGUGAUCUUGCUAAAUGUUGGAGUAAUUUCCUUGCUGGUCUUAGAUGGGAAAUAACAGAUGGUUCUGAAGUAAAGAUUUGGACUGAUAACUGGUUGGGAUGUGAGGAAAAUUUGCAGCAGUUGUCGAGCAAUCAGGUGCCGUGGGAGGAGAGUCAGAAAUCAAUUGCAGAUUACAUGGUGGAUGAUGGUUUCCAUCUUAAAGCUGUUCAUCAAUUUCUGGAGUCAGAUUUGGCUGAUGCAUGGAGAAAUUUGGAGAUCCAUGAAGAUCAUUUCUGUCAUGAUGAGCAAUCGCAGGCUUCAAUUUGGAUGUUUUGUCCAACAGAUUCUGCAAGCCCGAAUUUAUCAGCGCCGUGGUGA